GAUGGAGGCAGCUUUUAAAAGCAGCUGCCAGUCCCGUUGCUGGAGCCCAGCACCGAGCCGAGCUGCUCCCUCUCCGCUUUGCUCCCCGCAGGGAGCUCCGGCAGAGCUCGGGCUGCGAGGCUGGAAAGCAUUAGCGAAAAUAAGGGUGGGAAAAGGGAGAUUUGGGAGCUCUGCUCGUGCUCCUCGCCAAAACUACGACCGGCCAGAGCUGUGGAGGAGCCCGGAGGCAGGAUGUGGAUGGCCCCGACGGGCAGCACCGAACCAAAAGGAGAUGCCGCCCGCCGCAGGGGUAUCCGCUGCUGAAUGGCUGUCCUCAGUAGCUAGAGGAGAGGAACCCUCGAGAUCAACACUUAGAGGAAGAGGAGAAGAAGAGGAGGAGCUGAUGUGAUGCCGGACAGCUGCGAGCCAAGAAGCGGUGCAGAAGGCAACGUUACCUUCUUCUUAGAAGUUCACCAGAACAAAGAAAUUGUCCGAUUGUGCUUAAUUACGACCCGAAGAUCGGAGAUGAGGAGCCUGAAUUGUGCCGCGUGGUUCUUCACUGGCAAGGAGGCGGUGAGGGUGCUCUUUUAGGGAGUGCUGGUGACAAAGAAACGUGGCAGUGGAAACCGUCUCUUCAAGGCUGGACAGAGAAAGCAAGGACGGCGCUAGCACGCGCUCCCUGACCUCGCAGAUCACCAGGAAGGAGCCUGCAUGGCAGAGGAAUGGCCGAGCAUCAGCCGUGCAGCAGCGAUGAGAGCGCCUGACGUUCCUACGAGUCCCUCCUGGCUCGGCCUCCGCGAUGGCUGGUGCCUCUGCAUAUUCAUCGCAUGGUAAUGCAGGAUGUCGAGAGCAGCGGCGGAGUUUGGCUUGAGCCCCUUGUGUUCUUCCCCCGCUGGCUGAGACUUCCCAAUCGCCAUGACAACGCCGUGACACUUCCAGCAACUCGCCCGCAGACCGAGGGUGGGCUGGGGUGGGCGAGGAGGCCGGCGAGCAAGGCGACCGGGACCGAAACGACUGCGGGAGAGCUGUGGUGGCGACACGAUGAAAUUCCCAUUCUAUUGGCCCCUCGUUAAGCAGGCAGAGUAACCUUUUUUUUUUUGCAGAGACUUGCUGUAAAAGCCCUUUUGGUUAUGGCUACUGAUCCGACGUGACUGGGCAGGCGGUGACUUUGGAACUCAUGACUGGAUAUACGAUGUUGCGGAAUGGGGGAGCGGGGAACGGAGGCCAGCCGUGGUUGUUGAGGUGGUCCAGUCGGAUCCGGCUCACCUGGCUUAGCUUCACCCUCUUCAUCAUCCUCGUCUUCUUUCCCCUCAUCGCCCACUACUACCUAACCACCAUCGACGACGCGGACGAUGCCGGCAAGCGCAUCUUCGGCCCUCGGACCGGCAACGAGCUGUGCGAGGUGAAGCACGUGCAAGACCUGUGCCGCAUCCGCGAGUCGGUCAGCGAGGAGCUGCUCCAGCUGGAGGCCAAGAGGCAGGAGCUCAACAGCGAGAUCGCCAAGCUCAACUUGAAGAUCGAGGCCUGCAAAAAGAGCAUCGAGAACGCCAAGCAGGACCUGCUGCAGCUGAAGAAUGUCAUCAGCCAGACGGAGCAUUCCUACAAAGAGCUGAUGGCUCAGAACCAGCCGAAGCUCUCCUUGCCAAUCCGGCUGCUGCCAGACAAAGACGACGUGACCUUCCCCCUGCCAAAAUCCAACCGGAAUUGCAGGCUGCACAAUUGCUUUGACUACUCACGAUGCCCGCUGACAUCUGGCUUUCCAGUCUACGUCUACAACAGUGACGAUUACCCUUUCGGUAGCUCCUUAGACCCUUUAAUUAAGCAAGCCUUUGAGGCGACUGUCAGAACUAAUGUUUAUGUUACUGAAAAUGCAAAUAUUGCUUGUGUGUAUAUAAUUUUAGUGGGGGAAAUGCAAGAGCCCGUAAUGCCAAAACCUACUGAACUAGAGCAACAGUUGCACUCUUUGCCGUAUUGGAGGACUGACGGACACAACCAUCUCAUCAUCAAUUUAUCGAGGAAAUCGGAAACUCAGAACUUUCUUUACAACAUCAGCACGGGGCGUGCCAUGAUCGCCCAGUCCACCUUUUACGACGUGCAGUACCGACCAGGCUUCGACAUCGUGGUAUCACCCCUGGUCCACGCUAUGUCUGAACCCAACUUCCUAGAAAUCCCUCCCCAGGUGCCGGUCAAGCGUAAAUACCUGUUUAGUUUCCAGGGGGAGAAGAUUGAGUCUCUGCGAUCCAGCUUGCAAGAGGUUCGCUCUUUCGAAGAGGAGAUUGAAGGCAACGCCCCAGCUGACUACGACGAUCGCAUCAUUACCACCCUGAAGGCCGUUCAGGACAGCAAGUUGGACUUUGUUUUGGUGGAGUUCACGUGCAAGAACCAGCCUAAGGCGAGUCUGCCCACUGAGUGGGCUCUGUGUGGAGAAAGGGACGACAGACUAGAGCUACUGAAGCUAUCUACUUUUGCACUGAUAAUCACCCCGGGGGACACCCGCUUGGUGAUCUCCGCUGGGUGUGCCAUGAGACUGUUCGAGGCGCUGGAGGUUGGAGCCAUCCCGGUGGUUCUCGGAGAGCAAGUUCAGCUCCCCUAUAACGAUGUGAUCCGGUGGAACGAGGCAGCCUUAAUCAUACCAAAGCCACGUAUCACAGAAGUGCACUUCCUUCUGAGAAGCAUUUCUGACAACGAUCUGCUCGCCAUGAGGAGGCAGGGCCGCUUCUUGUGGGAGACCUACUUCUCCACCUCCGACAACGUUUUCAGCACAGUCUUAGCCAUCAUAAGGACUCGAAUCCAAAUCCCGGCUGCUCCUAUCCGAGAAGAAACUGCGGUGGAGAUCCCCCACCGCUCGGGCAAAGCUGCUGGCACAGACCCCAACAUGGCAGACAACGGCGACCUGGACUUGGGGCCUGUGGAAACCGAACCACCCUAUGCAUCUCCCAAAUAUCUCCGCAAUUUCACCCUCACCGCAAUGGACAUCUACAGGAAUUGGAAUUCCGCUCCAGGGCCUUUCCACCUCUUCCCCUACACCCCCUUUGACCCUGUUUUACCAUCGGAAGCCAAGUUUUUAGGGUCCGGGACUGGAUUUCGACCGAUAGGUGGAGGAGCGGGUGGCUCUGGGAAGGAGUUCCAGGCUGCUUUGGGUGGCAACGUGCCCCGGGAGCAGUUCACGGUCGUGAUGCUAACGUACGAGCGGGAGGAAGUGUUGAUGAACUCCCUAGAAAGGCUCAAUGGUCUCCCGUACUUAAAUAAAGUGGUGGUAGUGUGGAACUCUCCCAAGCUUCCCUCCGAGGAUCUCUUGUGGCCAGACAUCGGCGUCCCGAUCAUGGUCGUACGCACGGAGAAGAACAGCCUGAACAACCGCUUCCUGCCGUGGGAUGAGAUCGAGACGGAGGCCAUCCUGUCCAUCGAUGACGACGCUCACCUUCGCCACGACGAGAUCAUGUUUGGGUUCCGGGUCUGGAGAGAGGCGAGGGACCGCAUCGUCGGCUUCCCGGGGCGCUACCACGCGUGGGACAUCCCCCACCAGUCCUGGCUCUACAACUCCAACUACUCGUGUGAGCUCUCCAUGGUGCUCACUGGUGCUGCCUUCUUCCAUAAGUACUACGCCUACCUGUACUCCUACGUGAUGCCGCAGGCCAUCCGCGACAUGGUGGACGAGUACAUCAACUGCGAGGACAUCGCCAUGAACUUCCUCGUCUCCCACCUCACGAGAAAGCCUCCCAUAAAGGUGACCUCCCGCUGGACUUUCCGCUGCCCCGGCUGCCCCCAGGCGCUCUCCCACGACGAUUCCCACUUCCACGAGCGGCACAAGUGCAUCAACUUCUUCGUGAAGGUGUACGGGUACAUGCCGCUGCUCUACACCCAGUUCCGCGUCGACUCGGUCCUCUUCAAGACCCGCCUGCCCCACGACAAGACGAAAUGCUUCAAAUUCAUCUAAAAGCAGCAGGCAGCGGGCGGCCGCCCCUCGGCUCGCCGAACUUCAUCCCGAGGCGGGCGAGGGCACAGGGGUGGCUUCUCAGCAGGGCUCCGAGGGCCAAAAGCCUUCUGCUGUUGACUCCGGCCUCCCUCCCGCGGAGGAAAAGGGACAGGCCUGGGGUUGGGACAGGCACAUUUUGCCCCCGUCCUGCUCUCCCCCACAGCGACACGACCAGGCGGCGGGGCGCAGGAUCUCCCGGCCCCCGCCAGGACGCUCCCUAGGAUCGUACACUGAGGAAUGGCACGUUGGCUAGCGGACCCACCCCCGGGCUAGCCAAGGGCACCCAUUCUUUUUAAUUAUAAUUAUUGUUAUUUAAAAUGAAAGUGUUUUAGAUUUGCCGCGUGAGGCUUUUUUUUUUUUUUUUUUUUUUUUUCUCCCUUUUCCCACCCCUCUCUGGACCUGUCUGCGCUCUCGGGGGGCGCCGUGGCAAGGCCAGGUCGGCGGCGUUUUGACUGCAGAGGUUUCUCCCCACGUCCAGGCAGCUCCGGUGAUGCUGUCCCCGUCCUUCCUCCCUCUCUCCUCCUCCCCUCCUGCACACCACGGCCCGGCUCCCAUCGCCCUGUGGCUGCUACUGAGGACUUCCAGGUGUCACCCCGCUGAUGAGCGCCCUGCUCGCCGUGCCGAGCCUCCCGCAGCUCCACGAGGGCUGAGCAAGGACGAGGUUGGUCCUGGAGGGUCCUGAGCCGGCUCCCAACUCCACACCGGGUCCCACACCGCAGCCACGGGGGCGUUCGGUUGCUGUGCUCUCAUUCCUGGUGUCCUUUUUCCACCGCAGGUACCGCCAGACCUCAAAAACAGGGUUUGAGGUUGGGAACGCUCCCCCUGCAGCGCGGCAGGGCUGCGGUGACCCAGCGUCGUGUGUUGGAGCAGGUUGUGGAGAGGCUUCGAGCCUGCUCUGGCCUUUCGGGGGUAGCAGUGGGGUAUCGGGGCCCUUUUGGGGCCAUCUCUUGGGAUCGGCCACCCUCACGGGCAGCACUGAAGCGAGGUGCUGGGUUUGCUGGAGCUCGGGGCGGGCUGGAGUCCCCUCUCUGCCUCAAUCCCUGUGGGUCUCGGUGUAACUGCCUUAAAACCUCGUCCUCUUUGGGCUGUGUUCGAAGGGUGACCCCACAAAGGCUUCGUUAACCCCACAAAGGCUCUGGGCACAUGGGGAGAUGAAACCUCAUUGUCCCCAGCUCUCCUGGCCCCGUGUGCGGGCAGCAGGGGGAUGUUGUCACCCACCCGUGUCCCAAAGCAGGAGCAGGGCCGCUCCGUUGGCAGCUCCUGCACUCAUUCCUCGGGUCUGCACCCUCCUCGUGUAGCCUGCACCACGUUUUGGGGCUCUGUGACCUGCCCAGCCCCGUUUCAGCCAGCUGCUUGUGCCCUCCCUGCCACAGGGGUACGGCUCUGCCCUUUGGGAAGGACGGAGGGGCUCCUGCCUUCAAGCAGACCGCGUGAAGGUUCCCAGUGUCUGUAAGGACACAACCGGGGGCUCAGCGAGGCCCCAAAACCCCUCAGGGAGGGUCUCAUCUUCUGCUCCUGCUCGGAGGGCAGAGCUGCACCAGCCUCAGCAGCCCUCGCCGUGGUCCCUGAGGAGCACGAAGCUCCUCUGCUGCCGGCGCUCGCUCCCCCCUCGUUGCAGCCGUGGAUUGCACUUUAUAGAAAUAAGGAGAGACGCCUCCCAGCGCCUCGUUUCCAGGAGGCUGUGGGGAAAUGGCACUGUCCUGGUGAGGUGGCGCUGGGAAUUGAGGCCGUGGAGGCUUCGUGUUGCCGUUUGGGGCCGGGCACGCUCGCCUCUUGCCCAUCUCACCCAGCUCUUGGGUGGUGUUUAUUUUGUUUUUUUUGUUUUUUUUUUUGGAAGAUCCCUGGUCGAUGUGGAGCAUCGCGGUUGUGCGGCGCGUGCUGGGUCCUGAGAGGGGUUCCUUCUGGCUGAACCCCCCCCCCAAAAAAAGGGACGGGUUUGGGGCUGAGGAUUAAAUGGUUGCUGCAUAGGGACGGGUGGGUUGGGAGGGAUGAGGAUAAGGAAAAUAAUGCCACGUCCCAUUCCCCACCCCCAGGGCUGUGGCUGUGGCUUUGGAGCUUUCCCAAAUCUGCCUAAAGAGACACAGGAACCCUUCUGGAGUCCAGCCCCGUGAUUCACACCACGACUUUCUGCUCCUGAGCCAUCCCACGGGGUUCCCUCCACCGGCAAGGAUCACAGAGGCAUUUCGGGAGCCCAGCCCUGCCACCAGUCCCCAUCGCCCUUCGCUCCCCUGGUUUUUGGGGACCCCGGGUAACUCCGAAGCUCAGGGUGGGGCAUGUGGUUCAUCACCUGCUUGGUGGCGGCACCUUUCCCGAGGCCUUUCCCCUUUUUUCAACAGUUUCUGCUGCUUCAUCCGGGCCCGGGGGCGUUCGCUGUAAAUAAAAUAACAUCGCCCGCGGUGCCGCUCCCGUCUCACCGCCCAGCCCUGCCCUCCCCUGCGCCCUGCUCCGUGAGCACCAGGUUUAAAGACAAAAAAAAAAA